GAAAAUUCAUUCAAGAUCGACACUAGAAUGGCUUGGGUUGAUAGACCAAAAUCAUCUGUAUCUGCCAGAUUUGGCAGAAGCAACAGAGAAAGGACAAAUCUACCAGAUAUAGCAUGUUUGGUAAAAAAAAAUCAGACAGAUAUAGCAUAUACGGAGGAUAUAGUAGAAAAAUACAAAGCAAUUAGUAAAAGAGAAAUGUAUUUGAACACUGUAAAAACCAUUGUAAAUAAAGCAGAUAAGCUUAGCUUAACUCAGCCUACCCUUGAGUUAAAAUAUAAACGAAUAAGUAUUAGUAGUCCUCUUUGA